AUGUCCGAUCCGCCUCGAGAUCUGCUCGAUGGCAUAUCCGGCGCCCUGGCCUCAGAAGGCGACGUCUUCCAAAUGAUUCUCAUCACAUUCAUCGGACUAUCGUGCUACAACAUCGCCGAGCUCGUCGUCCUGGUACUAUCCACGUUCCGACGGUGGCGCGGCCUCUAUUUCUGGUCUCUCCUGACAUCAGGCUGCCUGGGCGUGAUCCCCUACUCGAUCGGAUUUCUCAUGAAAUUCUUCACUCCUACCGAUUCCAUUCUCAGCGUCACCAUUCUCACCAUCGGAUGGUGGACCAUGGUCACGGGCCAAUCGGUCGUGUUGUACUCGCGUCUGCAUCUCGUGUUACGAGACGAGAACAUCCUCCGCCGCGUGCUGUACUUGAUCGUGGCCAACGUUUUCCUGCUGCAUAUCCCCACGACGAUUCUGACGUUCGGUGCGAAUAUCGUGCAUUCGGGCGCCAAGCCCUGGGUCGACGGGUACAACGUCAUGGAGAAGAUCCAGUUGACGGGCUUCACGAUCCAGGAAUCUCUUCUGGGAACUCUGUAUGUGAUCGAAGCCGUUAAGUUACUCCGUCUGGGCGCGGACGUGACGGCGCGUCCGUACGCGCGAUCAAUCAUGUACCAGUUGAUUGGGAUCAAUUGUGCGAUUAUCGCGAUGGAUCUCAUGUUGUUGGUGCUGGAGUAUGCGAAUUUCUACGCGGUGCAGAUCACGCUGAAGGGGUUCGUGUACUCGCUCAAGUUGAAGUUGGAAUUUGCGGUGCUGGGCCGCUUGGUGGAUUUGAUUCAGGGCUCGAGGCAGCCUCUCUCUCUUGUCCUUGCUGAUACGCUCCCUUUGUGUUUGAUGCAGACUGCGUCUGCGAGUCCCAGUCGGGGUGCGGGUGAUUCAUCGUUUAGACCCGAGUCGAAAGAGACGAUGUCCACUACGGAUGGAGCGAGAAUCGUAGAGGGACGGGCCAUUGUGGAGAUUGGGGCGGGGAUUUCAGGACUGUGA